UGAAAUAGUGGUGAAUUGGCCUUGGCGUAGGCCAAGGGGGAUUUUGAGUAUUUUGUCCUACAAUGGAAAUCCUGUAAUUUAACCUUCAAGAUCCAUAUCUAUUUUGUUUUUAACAUGUGGAAAUAUGUAUCACGCCGCAUCAGGGACACGUUAGAGAGGAACGUUGCCCAUUUCGACAGACGUAGUACUACAGGUUAUGGAAACACAAAUGGUGGUUCGGAAGAUAAGGAUAAACGGUCUCCUUCAUGCCGUUGGUAUUCGAGAUGCUGUGGGUCUUAUCAAAAUGAUAACAACACCAACAGUAAUAGGUGGAACUUCGAACAGCUAAACCGCAGUUGGAUAGGUGCCAUCACAUGGAGCAGUGCCCUAGUUGUUGGGUGGUAUGCCAGUCAACUACUUCACUUAAAAUACAAGUACCAUCUCAAGGAUUCCUCUAAGAAAUGUCCAUCAAUAAAUGGCAUAUUUUCUGCUUUGUAUCCAUAUGUGAAGUUUGUUAAGAAAAAUGAUGGAGUCUUAAAACCUAUUCCUAACAUUGAGAAUGUGUUAAGGGGCUUUACUCCUACAAUACAUUUUAUAACAAAUGAACAUGCUGAAGAGAAACAUCAUAAUUCAAGCAGUGGUGCUUGUAGUACUGAUUCAUCAGAAAAUGAUUUAGGAGAAGUUCUCAAUUCCAUUGAGAACAAAUUAGGGCUUGCUGCCCUUGAAAAUGGCCACCACCAAGAUGGCUUGAACCUUCUCAGGUCUGCAGCAAAUCGUAACCAUGCACCAGCUCAGUAUAAUUUAGGGUUGUGUUAUGAGAUGGGCCUUGGAGUUGCUGCUGACGAAAAAAUGGCUAUGGAGCUGUACCGAUCAGCCGCUGCUCGGGAACACCCAGCAGCCCUUUACAAUUUGGGGAUCUACUAUGGGCAGGGCCGAGGAGGCCUCACGCGGGAUGUAGCCACUGCCACUCGUUUGCUUCGUCUAGCUGCUGUGCAGGGUCAGCAAGAUGCCAUUAAAGCUCUAAAAGAACUUGAAGAAGACAUUGUUGAAGCAAAGCCGAGGAACGAAGACGACCGGUCGACGUAUGCCUAUCCGUCUGCGCCAUACCUACAUAAUGACAAUAGUAAUAUUGUGCCAGCCCACGCUACUCUUUUUGUUGAAAAUGCACAAAUGAUUCGUCCUCAAAUUUAUUAAUUUUUCUUUGUUGGGUCGACUAUAAAACGUCCCGUCGUAUUUUUGUGAUUUCAAUCAUUUUGUUAUUAAGCCAUUUAGUCGAACAAUCAUCCUAUAAUGCGUAUUUCCUGGUAGUUAGUUUUAAGUUUACCUAUUAGUAUUUUUAAAAAUAUAUACAGUAUAACCCGCUUAAGAAGAUUCUGAAGGGAACGCAACAAACAGGAAAGCGUAGGUAUUAACUGAGAAAAAAAAAUGGAUGAAAACAAGUUGCAGGGACCGGUUAGAACCGUCUUAACGUCUAAACAAUAGUUGUUUGUUUUACAACGGGGUCAAAGUUGUUGUUUAACCGCUCAUGCUAAUAUUGAUAUCCGAGCAAGCGAAUGAUUCCAAAAUUGAACCACGAGCGUAGCGAGUAAAUUGAAACAUUACACACACACACACACACGUUUUUGUACACGUAAGGUACAAAAACGUAAUUAGAUGUAAAAAGAAUUGGUACUAGAAAUAAAAUCAUUAACCAAAUUUAAGUUUUCCUUAUAAUACUUAUGAUCUACUGAUCAUAUAUUGACUAAUAUCGAUUUAUGCGAUAGUGGCUUUAACGGUGGCGGGAUUAUUUGUGUGACUUACAACAAUGACAGAUUCGUUUUGCGUUUUAGCACGAAUCUUAAUUUUGAUAAAUUAUGUUAAGUAUGUAUGUUGCAAAACAAUAGUGUGGCCGAGAAUGUCUUUUUGAGUCUAAAUUGAAUGAGGUCUACUCAAAAUUACGCUGCUAGAUUUAAAUUUCAUUCAUUAAUUUUAGUUGUAGAAUUAGUCCUGUUUGUCGUCUUUGCACGGCUCUGAACACCUAGAGUCCUUUAGAAAGAUUUUGUCAUUAAUUGUGAUAGUUAGGUAGGUAUUUGUAAAAUUUCAUGUCCUUUCUGGAAAGCCCUCAAAAGGACAUUCUAGAUCUGGGUUUACCGUUAAACUCGCCUUUAAAGGGUUGGAAACUUUCCAUACGAGGAAGGGCACACGUGAUUUAUUUCGUGAGGCUAGUCAAACAUUUAAACAGUCCUUACUUGUUGUUUCCCUACACUUAUUAUUUUUGUUAAUUUUGAAAAGCGAUCCGAAAUAAAAUUUCGAGAAGUAUAACGUUAUAUGACGUUUAGAUUUGUUUUAUGAAUAAUAUAGGUACACACAAAUGUAUGAUUGCAUACAAAAUGUUUAGUGUGAUGUCUUCGAUUGAUGCUUAUUGUUAAGGUAAUAUGUACUUUUAUUUUUAAAUAAACUGCAACUCUUGUUGUUUUA